UUAAAUUUAUCAAGGUUAUCAAGUGUAAUCAAAAAUAAAUCAAAAUCAAAUGGAAGUGAAACAAGAAAUUAUCGAAGAAACGUGUAAAAUAGAAAUAGAAUAUAAUGACUUGGAUGAUGUUCUUUUGGAUGGCUUUAAAUGUGAAGUUCAGGAGGAAUACAAUAGGCAAAAUACACGUGACACUUACGAUUCUUUGGACUUUAAGAAUUGUACCAUAACUACAGAAAAAGAACAUGAAAAUAAACUUAAUCCAUGUGACGAAGUCCAAGAAACUGAAAAAGGUUAUCUCCAGAAUGGAAACAAAAUGGAAGUUAUUCAAAAACUCAUCCAAGAUUCAUCUUACAAAGGAGACGACAUGAGUCAAGCCACAGAAAAAAAACCAUUAAACAAAAAUAUGAAUAUUGAGACUAGAAAAAGACCACUUAAAUGUGAAAUUUGUUUUAAGCAAUUUAGUCAUGCAGGUAAUUUGAAAAGACAUUUGAGUGGACACACUGGAGAAAAACGAUACAAGUGUGGAAUUUGUUUUAAGCAAUUUAGUCGAGCAAAUCAUUUGAAAGGGCAUUUGAGAGUGCACACUGGAGAAAAACCAUACAAGUGUGAAAUUUGUAUUAAACAGUUUCGUGAAGCAGGUGAUUUGAAAAGACAUCUAAGAGUGCAUACAGGAGAAAAACCACACAAGUGUGAAAUUUGUUUUAAACAAUUUAGUCGAGCAAAUGAUUUGAAAGGGCAUUUGAGAUUGCACACUGGAGAAAAACCAUACAAGUGUGAAAUUUGUAUUAAACAGUUUAGCAAUUCAAGUAAUUUGAAAAAACAUUUGAAAGUGCACACUGGAGAAACACCAUACAACUGUGAGAUUUGUUUUCAGCAGUUUAGCCAAGCAGGUACUUUAAAAAAACAUUUGAGAGUGCACACUGGAGAAACACCUCACAAGUGUGAAAUUUGUUUUAAACAAUUUAGUGAAGCAGGUGAUUUGAAAAGACAUCUAAGACUGCAUACAGGAGAAAAACCACACAAGUGUGAAAUUUGUUUUAAGCAAUUUAGUCGAGCAUGUCAUUUGAAAAGUCAUUUGAGAGUGCAUACUGGUGAAAAACCAUACAAGUGUCAAAUCUGUUUUAAGCAAUUUAGUGGAACAAAUGGUUUAAAAAAACAUUUGAGAGUGCACACUGGAGAAAAACCAUACAAGUGUGGAAUUUGUUUUAAGCAAUUUAGGCAAGCAAGUACUUUAAAGGGGCAUUUAAGAGUACACACUGGAGAAAAACCAUACAAGUGUGAAAUUUGUAUUAAACAGUUUAGCAGUUCAAGUAAUUUGAAAACACAUUUGAGAGUGCAUUCUAGCGAAAAGCCUUACAAGUGUGAAAUUUGUUUUAAGCAGUUUAGUCAAGCAGGUGAUUUGAAAAAGCAUUUGAAUGUGCACACUGGAGAAACACAUCACAAGUGUGAAAUUUGUUUUAAGCAAUUUAGUGAAGCAGGUAGUUUGAAAAAACAUUUGAGAGUACACACUGGACAGAAACCACACAAGUGUGAAAUUUGUUUUAAGCAAUUUAGUCAAGUACGUGAUUUGAAAAGACAUCUAAGAGUGCAUACAGGAGAAAAACCACACAAGUGUGAAAUUUGUUUUAAGCAAUUUAGUCAAGCAUGUCAUUUGAAAAGUCAUUUAAGAGUGCACACUGGAGAAAAACCUUACAAGUGUCAAAUCUGUUUUAAGCAAUUUAGUGGAACAAAUGGUUUAAAAAAACAUUUGAGAGUACACACUGGAGAAAGAUCUUACAAGUGUGAAAUCUGUUUUAAGCAAUUUAGUCAAGCAGGUACAUUAAAAGGGCAUUUAAGAGUACACACUGGAGAAAAACCAUACAAGUGUGAAAUUUGUUUUAAGCAGUUUAGGCAAGCAGGUGCUUUAAAAAGACAUUUGAGUGUGCAUACUGGAAAAACACCUAACGAGUGUGAAAUUUGUUUUAAGCAAUUUAGUCAAGCAGGUCAUUUAAAAAAUCAUUUGAAAGUGCACACUGGGAAAACACAGAUAGAUAGAUAGAUUUAAUCUAACAAUAAACCACUGAAAACGUU